AUGGGUGGCGGCGGGGCGGCGGGGCGCCUUUGCGCGCUGCUCUGGGCGGCCGCCCUGCUGAGCGCCCGGGCGGAGGCGGCUUGCCAGCGCGUCCGCGCCACGUUCCCGGCGGUCCAGCACGGGGCCAAGUGGCUGCCGGAGAGCCCUGGCGCAGGGCUUGACUUGCAAGUAUGUGUGCCAAAAGUUCCAACGUGCUGCUCCAGGAAAAUAGAGGAGAAAUACCAAGCCAUGGCCCGGUCCAAUAUGGAACAGCUUCUCCAGUCUGCCAGCAUGGAGCUGAAAUUCUUCAUCAUUCAGAAUGCAGCAGUCUUCCAAGAAGCCUUUGAGAUUGUCGUCCGACAUGCAAGGAACUAUACAAAUACUAUGUUCAGAAAUUCUUACCGCAACAUGGCUGCCAAGGCUUCUAAAUUUGUGGGAGAAUUUUUUACUGACAUCUCUCUGUACAUCUUGGGCUCAGACAUUAAUGUCAAUGACAUGAUAAAUGAGUUCUUUGACAGCUUGUUCCCUUUAGUCUAUCCAGACCUAGUUAACCCAGGCUUCCCUGAUCCUUCACUGGAAAUGACUGAGUGCCUCCGGCUAGCAAGGCGAGACCUGAAGGUGUUUGGAAACUUUCCCAAGGUCAUGAUGACACAAGUGUCGAAGUCUCUGCAAGUGACACGAGUCUUCCUUCAGGCACUCAACCUUGGUAUCGAGGUGGUCAACACCACCGACCAUUUGAAAUUCAGCAAGGACUGUGGGCGGGCUCUUCUGAAAAUGUGGUACUGCCCUCACUGCCAGGACCUCAUGAUGGCCAAGCCAUGUGCUGGAUUCUGCAAUGUUGUCUUGCAAGGGUGCCUUGCCAGUGUGGCAGAGAUAGACAGUUACUGGCGGGAAUAUCUCCGGUCUUUGGAAGGACUGACGAAAGGCAUGCGGGGCGUCUAUGACAUGGAGCAUGUGCUUCUCAACCUCUUCUCCUUGAUACGGGACUCAAUUAUGUUCAUGCAGAAGAAUGCAGAGAAGCUGGCUGCAACGAUCGGCAAGUUGUGCGGUCAUUCCCAACAGAGACAGUACAGGUCAGCUUGGUAUCCAGGGGAUCUUUUUGCUGACAAGAAAGUAAUGAGGGUUGCCCAUGUGGACCACGAAGAAACCUUGUCCAGCAGAAGGAGGGAACUCAUUAUGAAACUAAGAAUGCACAGCAGUUUUUAUAGCAGUCUGCCAGAAUACAUCUGUAGCCACAGUUCUGUGGUGCAAAACAACACUCUUUGUUGGAAUGGUCAAGAAAUCGUAGAAAGGUUCAGCCGCCAGGCAAUGAGGAAUGGAGCAAAAUCCCAGCUUAACAACCAUGAAAUCAAGGUGAAAGGACCAGAGCCUGUGAUUAGCCAGAUCAUUGACAAACUGAAACACAUCAACCAGUUGUUAAAAGGAAUGGCCAUCUCUCACCGGAAAAAUAUGGACAAGCCAGAAGACGAGGAUGAGGAAGAAAGUGGUGAUUGUGACGAUGAAGAUGAUUGUGUUGGGGACAGUUCCGGAAACGGUGGCUUACAAGUGAAGAAUCAGCUGAGGUUCUUGGCAGAACUGGCAUAUGAUCUGGACACGGAUGACAUUCCUUCGAACAAACAGCUUUUGAAUCAGCAAAGCAAAGAGGUUUCAACGAUUCGCAACUUUGGAUCACUCAGUGCAGUGCCGAAUCGUGAUCUUUCAGCUGCUGUCCUAGCAGCUUUGUUUCUCCUGUUGUUCAAGUGA